UAAUAAUAAAUAACAACAUUUUGCUUCGUCUUCGCAUUUUCUCUUCGAAGAACACCGAACACUCAGCAAUCCACCUUAAGAAAAAUGGAAUCACUCAAUCCAAACGACGCCGACGACGUUUUCCUCGACGCCCCCGACGACUUCCCCUUCUACGACUGCCCCUCCUCCCUCACCGCCCAACCCGAGCCCUCCACUUCAUCCUCCACUCUCUCUUCUCCCUCUCCGGCCGCUCUCUCCACCUCUACCCUUCGCCGCCGUUCGCUCUCUCGCGUCGUGGGUUCCAACCACUCAAUCUUGGAUUCCGAUUUCACCCUCGGCUCUGAGAUCCACUCCGCCAUCGAUACGAAGCCGAGGUUUCGGAUUCAUCGGAACCUGAAGGAAAGCCAAAAUCCCGAGCCUGAUCCCAGUCAAUUUAGCUCUGUGUCUCAAGCCCAGGGAUCAUCAAAUUCGACCGUAACCACUGAAACCGAUAAACGGGCUGAAGUCUCGGCCGUGGAAGCCAACGAUCCCUCAUCCCACUUUCUCAUAUACGUUGCCGGACUACUAAUCAAAGCAAUUAGCUUCCAAAUCAAUCUCUUCGUUACCUUCACAACACUUCCUCUAUUUCUUCUCUACCACUCUUACAUGCUCGUCACCAACCCCUUUCAAACAGUGCGUCGCGGUAGAGACUAUUUGAUCCAGGAGCUCUCAAAAUUAGGGCAAACCGUAGGCGAAAGCGUGAGUCCUUUGCUAAACGACUGGUCGAGGGAGCACAAGUGGGUUUGGAAGGUGGCAUUGCGGUGGGGGUGGGGGUUUCUGUGGUCGGUUUACGUUUGCAUCGUUUUGUGCAGCCUAUUGGUCUCCUCGCUCGUGGUUAGCGGAGUUGUGAUGAGGUUCUUGGUGCAGGAGCCGAUUCAGAUGAAGGAGAUGUUGAAUUUCGAUUACACUAAACCCAGCCCGGUCGCCUAUGUGCCCAUCGUUUCGUGUGAUGGCGUUGGUUGUGGCCAGGAUUGUAAGGAACAGAUUGGAGGGUUCAGGUUUAUACCUCCUAAUCACAGGUUGCAGGUUACGGUUUCGUUAACGUUGCCGGAGUCCGAGUACAACCGAAAUCUCGGGGUCUUUCAGAUCAGGGUUGGUUUCCUCUCUGCUAGUGGUAAAACCCUUGCCAGUUUAAGCCAUCCAUGCAUGUUACUAUUUAAAAGCGAGCCUAUCCGUCUUCUACUGACUUUUCUUAAGAUUGCGCCUCUCGUCACUGGUUAUGUAUCAGAAUCACAAACCCUAAAUCUGAAGUUUAGAGGUUUUACUGAAGGAGAGAUGCCUACUGCCUGCUUAAAGAUUAUGAUUGAACAACGAGCAGAGUACCAUGCUGGUGCUGGCAUCCCCGAAAUAUACGAUGCAUCUCUAAUCCUUGAGUCGGAACUUCCCCUGUUCAGAAGAAUUAUAUGGUAUUGGAAGAAGACUUUAUUCAUAUGGAUGGCCAUGAUGUCAUUUAUGAUGCAGUUACUGUGUACUCUAGUUUGUUGUAGACCGAUUAUUAUUCCAAAAGCAAGGCCAAGGGAUAGCUCUGAAGGAAGUAGUGCUGCUCUAAACGGUCCCUCUGCACAGGGUUGAGAAGUGGCUCCUGCAGACUUGAUGAUAAUGGUGGAAAAGGGCCUUAUUUCCGAUAUUGAGCUCAGUGUCUACUAACAUAUUCGAUUGAAACGCGUUACUAAGGUUUGGGGUUUAACCGUGUAAAAGACAUUGUUGCCUUUGUAUGCCUAUAAAAAAAAAAAAAACAAAAACGCAUUCAAUUACAUUUGGUACGAGACCCUAACUCUGAUUUUCCUCCAUUUUUCGUAGCAACCAUGACAUGUGUGAUUAUGGAUGAUGUAUUUUUAUGUCGAAGAAAGGAUUAAAAUUAAUAACCAUGUAAAUAUUUUUUAUUUA